CGUCGUAAAAUCACAGCUUGUUCAGCAUCGCCACAACAACACUGUUUUGCAGAAAAGGGGAUUUUGACGUCUGAUUUGGAACACAUUAACAGAUUUUCAAGACGAUUUAAGGAAAAACUUUAACUAGGCGACUCAGGAACAUUUCAUGUCCUCUUGGUACGCUGGAAUUUUCGGACACCCACUCGGACAUGUCCUAUGUCUUCAUCAAUGACUCGUCUCAGACCUCCGUUCCCCUGCUCCAGGCCUGCAUCGACGGGGACCUGCUUUUCACGAAGCGGCUCCUGGAGACGGGCUGUGACCCCAACACACGGGACAACCGGGGCCGUACUGGCCUGCACCUAGCGGCCGCCAGGGGGAACGUGGACAUCUGUUGUUUCCUCCAUAAGUUUGGGGCGGACCUCCUGGCUACAGACUACCAGGGAAACACGGCGCUACACCUCUGUGGACACGUGGAUACCAUCCAGUUCCUGGUGUCCAACGGUCUCAAGAUAGACAUCUGUAACCACAACGGAUCCACUCCUCUGGUGCUGGCCAAGAGGCGCGGGGUGAACAAGGACGCUAUCCGCCUGCUGGAGGGCCUAGAGGAACAGGAGCUGAAAGGAUUCAACAGGGGAGCCCACUCCAAACUGGAGACCAUGCAAAUGGCUGAGAGCGAGAGUGCAAUGGAGAGCCACUCCCUGCUGAACCCUGACCUCCAGAACAGGGAGGGAGUCCUGUCCAGCUUCAGGACCACCUGGCAGGAGUUUGUUGAGGACCUGGGCUUCUGGAGGGUGCUGCUACUGCUGGUGGUCAUCGCCUUGCUCUCUCUGGGCAUCGCUUACUACGUCAGCGGGGUGCUGCCCUUCUCCGCCAGCCAGCUGGAGCUGGUACACUGAGGGAGGGGUGGAUGGACAGAGGGUGAAAGUUGGCUUGGGCUACAUUCUGGUUAUCCACACUUGUCCAGAAGUGUGCACUUGCACACUCCCCUUUUUAUGGAUUUAAAAGCGUAGGAGUGGUGUAAGCGUUGGCUGGAUUCAACUUUUGUGAAAUGGUUACGAGAAAGUGUGCAAGUGCACACUUCGGGAGAAUGGGGACUCAGCCCAUGGAUGCAUCUGCAGUCUGACGUAUGUGUGUUAUUUGAACAUCUUCUCGCUGUGGCCAGUUAUGCAUGAGAAUGAAUGAUUUCAUGUGUCAUUCAUUUGUAUGACUAAAUUGACCAAAUAUCGACCAGUGACGUGACCAUCUUCUUUCUGGAAUACUGAGCUUUUAAAGCAUAACUAUCAAAAAAAAGAAGUACCAGUCAAUAGUUUGGAAACACCUACCCAUUCAAGAGUAUAUAUAUAUUUUUAUUCAAGAUUGUGCAAAGCUGUCAAGGCAAAGGGUGGCUUCUUGGAGAAUCUCAAAUAUAAAAUAUUUUGAUUUGUUUAACACUUUUUUGGUUACUAUGUGAUUCCAUAUGUGUUAUUUCAUAGUUUGUCUUCACUAUUAUUCUACAAUUUCACAGUUUCAUAACUUUUCAUGCCUAAUUUAGUUUUGACAGUAUUUAGCUCUAUAUGAAGAAACUGUUGUAUUAUGGACCUUUUUCCUAAUGUCACAACAUGUAUUUUUCUGUGUUGUGUGGAGUAACAAGCUGUAUAUUGCUAUAGUUUUGUUUUUGCAUAAUUAUUUACUUGUAUUUUGUUUCUUCUCCUUCUGUUUAUUGUUUUGAAAAGGGCCCAUUUGUUCAUUGAUUUACCCUACAGGGUCAAAUCCUUUGCAAAGUCAAUAUUUUAGUUUUAUUUCCAUUCUUACCAUUUUAACUGAAGUCUGUUUCUCUCACACUAGUUGCACAUUUCCCUAAUAAUGCUAAUCAGGCAAUAAUCUUACAUGGAACAAACAUCGAACAGUGUGUAGAGUUAUCCUGGGUGUCAGUCUGUUUCUGAUCUCUUACCAACAAACUGUUCUGGGAUCAGGCUAGUGUAGAGUUAUCCUGGGUGUCAGUCUGUUUCUGAACUCUUACCAACUCAUUAAUGGUACUGUGAUGUAACGUCUUCAUAAUGAGAGCAUAAACUGUUCUGGGAUCAGGCUAGUGUAGAGUUGCUUGGGAAUGUAAUGUUUCCCUCUUCCACCACCAAGUCAAGUACAAUAAUAACUACAGAGUAGCACCUUUUAUAGCGUCUUUGUACUAAAGAUAAAUGUUUGCUGUAUUUUAUUUAACAUUUCCUCUGUGUUUACAUCAUGCAGCUUAGUUACAUUUAACAUUUAUGAAGAGUUAUUUCUAAUAUGAUGUUGUGUUUUUGUUGCUUUGUCAAUCAUAGCAUUGUUGCAGGAAUUUAAUUCCUCUGUUUUAGUUCCCAAUUAUAAUUAAACACUCUGUCAAUUCAUAA